AUUUCGUUUCUUGUCUGGAUGUCGUCAUAUGCGAGAUGGUUCUGUGGACCGAGUGGAUAUUAUGAAACAAAAUAAAUACAAAAUCUAAUGUUUCGCGUAAGAAAUUAUAAUUGUCUUUUGUACGUCGAUGGACCCAAUCGCCAACUGAACAUCAUUCGCUGUAAAUCGAAUUCGCGGAUUUAUAUUUUUUAAUAUAAUCGAUCGGUGAUUGUCUACACUCCCUCUAAUUAACAAACGCCUUGUGGCUAUGACUACGGAUUUACUAUCUGAUUUGGAUAGUCGUUUCUUCGCUGAUAACCUUCUGACAAGCGAGGAUUGGGAUGCCUGUCUGUACCAGUGUGAGAGCAUGGAGGAGGGAGAGGACGGAGAGUACACGAGAGGACCAAAAUAUGAAACAUCGUUUGACAACGAUCUCGUGCUGACCCUUGAUCCCGACAAUCCCACGUCGCCAUGGAGACACCUGGACGACAACCUUCUCACAGGGGACAUUCCCGUACUGAAAGAUGAAAUGACGAUAACGCAGCCUUUGCCAGUGGACAUGUUGUUCCGGGUGAAGGCGGAGCCUCCCUCCCCUGCCUCCUCACUGGCCUCCGACUGCUCCCUGACCUCACUCCCAGACUCACAGAUCCAAGUGAAAGGAGAGAACCCGCCCACGCCUCCUUAUAUGUUUGGAGAUGUGCUGGCACCACCACUUGGCACAUGUGAAGUCACGGUGGCCUCUGCACAACUGGCCCGACCACAGUCCAAAGUGCCGCCUCAGCAACACCAAACAUCAACCCACAAUGGCAUGGACACACAGGCCACAGUCCACCCCACUGCGGCCACGAUCAAAGCCAGUACCAUCCUGAGCAGUAAGCCUCUCAUCCAACCCAGGCCUGUGUGUGUAGCGGCUCUCUCCGUCCCCCAGGCUCCCAGUCCAGCCAAGGCCCUCAUACUGCACAGCCUGCCUAGCAGGGACCAGAGCAGGCCUGUGGUGCUUUCCCAGUCAGUCUGUCUGGGGUCCGCGCCAGCCAUCGUCAAAAUGGAGCCCGCCUCCCCCACCAUGCCUCACUGCCAUAGCCCCACGGCCCCAUUCCCCGGCAAACCCAUAGUCCCGGCGUCCUCUCUGCCAGGGAGCAACUGCAACGGCAUGGAUGUGAGUGUCUGUCAGUCGCAUGUCAGUCAGUCAAUGAAGGUGAUGAAGAGGCAGCAGCGGAUGAUCAAGAACCGGGAGUCGGCAUGCCAGUCACGCAAGAAGAAGAAGGAGUACCUGCAGAACCUGGAGGGCCAGCUGAGGGAGGUGCAGCAGGAGAACGAGCACCUCCGCAGGGAGAACCAGGCCCUGAGGGAGAGGCUUGCUGGGAAAGAGGGCAGUGAAUCUGGUAACAACAAGAGGGCCGUCUGCGUCAUGGCAGUGCUACUGUUCAUGACCUUCAGUUUCGGCCCUGUCAGUAUCACAGACAGGAAGCUGGAGACGGGGUUACAGGAAGAGGUGGUCCCUCACACAGGAAGACAUCUCCUGGAGUUUGAGACGGCUCGGGAACAUAGCAGAGUGGAGGAAAGGAUAGAUCCUGAGGAGGAGGGAGGAGAGGAUGGGUGGAAGGGAGGAGAGGUGGAGAGGGAAUCCACCGAUUCAUACCAGUUUAGGAACCUGAGUGACGUGUUCAGCGACGUGAAGGACCUGGUCCUGCAGGACAUCGACCGCUAUUUCACCUCCAAUGACUGCAGGCAGUUCAACCGCUCCGAGUCCCUCAGGCUGGCAGAUGAGCUGAGAGGAUGGGUCCACAGGCACCAGAUCGACAGGAAGAAGUCUGGAGGGAAGCCGAAGAUAGUGAAAAAAGCUAAAAUAGCGCAGAAAGCGCAGCUUAGGAAGACCAACAUCUCCAGAUAUCUUCCCAUCCAGACCCAUCGUUCCAUUGACAGUCAGAUACAAGUGUUCCCUGCCGGUCCAGAGAUCAGCUACAGUGACUUCAUGGACGCCAUCGACCGGCGUGAGGACACCUUCUACGUGGUCUCCUUCAGACGGGAUCACCUGCUGUUGCCAGCCAUCAGCCACAACAAAACCACACGGCCCAAAAUGUCCCUGGUGAUGCCGGCUAUGUCCGUCAACGAGAGUUUAUAUAACAAAUCCCAGGGCUAUGAGAUGAUGAUGCAGGUGGAUUGUGAGGUCAUGGACACCCGGAUCAUCCCCAUCAAAGCCUCCGCUGUUCCCCCGUCGCUCCGCGACCCCCCUCCCGCUCCCCCCGCCCACCAUCACCACAGCAACCACACCUCCCUCCGAGGCCGCCACCAUCCCCACACCGGCGGAGCGGCGUCUCCACGGCAACCCUUACCUGUCAGCAGACAGGAGGCCGAGUAUUACAUCGGCCAGGGGGGCGGGGUUUGAGGUUAGUGAAGGUGAACAAAUGAGUGGGGGAUUGGAGGAGAGAGGAUAGUGUAAAACGGGAAGGAGAGGGUAGAGGGAAAACAGGAAGGAGAGUGUAAUGGGAGAUUGAAUAAGUGAAGUGAGAUGGAGAGGAGGACUUAAUAAGGGAGAGUAGGAGGGUUGUAGGAGGCAGAUCUGUCAGGGAAUAAUGGAGGACAUCUGUACUAAUUGCAACAAAUGAUUAACAAUGAAGUUACGGUGCCACAAUGUUGAAACGUUGUCCCAGCAACUCAAAGCAAAUGUGUUUUAUUCUACUGAAGACUCGGUAUAUUAAUAGACCAAUGAGUAAUACCCAUUUCACCAACCUGAUCUGUUCAAUAUAGAAAAAGUAAAAAAAGAUUUAAAAGGUUUACCAAUGGCUCCUAACUAAAUCAUUUCUUAAUAUAUACUUUUUGAAAAACUGCCCAAACAUAGACCUAGCAGUUCACUGCACUUAGACACAGCGCAGAAUUAAUCACUGAAAUAUAUGCAGCUAAUGUUAGUGGACUGCUCGUGGUUUCAUUUGAGGACCAUUUUUGUUUGUGUGUGACGGUUCCGUUUUGUAUAUUUUGUGUUUAUCGCUCUCCAUUGAAAUUCCAUUCAGAGGGCUCCUGCAGAAAAUUCAGGUCAGAUUCUGGUCAGCUUAGAUUUAGUUUUUUUUGUUUGUUUCUUUUAUUAUGUCAAAUGUGUUUGGAUUUGAAUGAGAAUUAUUUAACUUGUGUGUUUAUUGGUUGUAAAUAUCAAUGGUAGCUUUUGAGAUGUUUUUUUUUUUUUCAAAUUCAUAGCUAUAUUUUGCUCUGUCCUCCUUAACCUCAUCCUCUUAUGGACACAAACCCUUCCGUUCCUAUACUCCAGAAGUUAACACAUUAAGUACAUGGAUCGGCCUAAAUAUAUUUGCUUUGAAUGCAGACGACCACCUUGAUCAUACAGUGUGUUGUGUGUUUGUAUAUACUUGUCUUUUUUUUUUAAUCACUUGCACAAAGUCUUGCAACAUCGAGCUUGAUCCACUGUAUCUCCAUGUAAGUAGUGCAGAAAAAAAAUAUAUAGGCUGUGUUAACAUCUGAAUACAUUCUCAAUGUCAUCAGCAAUAUAGCGACGUUAAAUUACUGACACCUUAUCCAGAAUCAAUCAUCCAGGUACUCUGUAAUUCUAGAAUUGAUUGUGUUUCUUAUACACGGUUUAUGUAAUGUAAUUCUGUAAGAAUCGUUUUCAGUUGUAUUUGUUUUUUUUACCCCCCCAAUGCAGUCAGCUUGAGUCUUCUGUCCAAAAGUGGUUUCUGAAUCUACAAUGCGAUUUGAAGUCAUUUUCAUUAGUUGCAAACUCUGUCUGUGAACUCUCGCUAUGUUUUUGUCUGCACACACUUCUUCAGCAAGUGUUUUUGUUCGAGAUAAUGCCGUUUUACGGGAAUACCACCCAUUGUUUUUCAUUUUUAUAUAAAAAAUAGAAUUAUUCUUAUCAAAAGAAAUGAAAUAUUAAAAAAAUAAAAUUUUA